AUGCGUUGUUGUGUAAGUCGGUGGAUGAGUUGUUGCAAAGAGGAAGAGAUGAAGUCAAGGUUGAUGAUCUCAAAGGAAUUGAAAAUAAGACAGCUAAGAAGAGCUUCUGCAUUAAAUGACUCACAAGUUGCUGAGAUUCUAAAUGAAAUUUCACGAAGAAUUGUGAGAGACAAAGGUCCUAUUGUAAUGAAUAAAUCAGGUUAUACUGAAAAGGGUUUCAAGAGAAAACUAGCUGUUCAAGCUCUUUUUGGAAAGGUCUUCUAUCUAUCUGAGCUGCCUGAGUUCUGUUCAAGAGAUAGCUCCUUAGUUGUUAAGGAAAUCUUCGGAGUAACAGAUGAAGAUGCAGAUCAACUCAGAUUACACACAACUUCAGAAGCCGGCAACCUAGAUUCUCUUGAGAAGAUGGUUGAUAGUUCAGAUUCAGAAGAUUCUAGUGAGGUUUAA